GCGCUCCUCUUCCCGGGCCAGGGCGCGCAGAAGGUCGGCAUGCUCGAGCCCUACAAGUCCGCGCCGGGCGUCAAGGCCAUGUUCAAGAAGGCGAGUAAGAUCUUCGGCACGGACCUGCUGGAGCUCGUGGAGAAGGGCCCCGCGGAGAAGCUGAACGACACGCGCUACUCGCAGGUCUGCGUCUUCCUCACGUCCAUGGCCGCCGUCAAGAAGCUCGAGAAGGACGACCCCGACGCCGUCGCGCGCUGCAACGUCACGGCGGGCUUCUCGCUCGGCGAGUACUCGGCGCUGACGUUCGCGGGCGUCAUGGAGCUCGAGACGGCGCUGACGCUCCUGAAGCUCCGCGGCGAGGCCAUGGGCGCGGCCUGCGACCUCGCGCCGUCGGGCAUGAUGACGGUCAUCGGCCUGGAGGACGAGGCGCUGGUCAAGGUCAUGCCCGACGACGUCACCAUCGCGAACCAGAUGUUCCCGAAGGGCCGCGUGCUGUCCGGCUCCAAGGACGGCAUCGCCAAGGUCGAGGCCGCCGUCAAGGCGCUCAACGUCGCGGGCGUCAAGACCAUCGUCUCCGGCGCGUUCCACUCGCCCUACAUGGCCUCGGCGGCCGACAAGCUCGAGACGGCCCUCGCGUCCGCGACCUUUGGCGCGCCGAGCCGCGUCUGCUACUCGAACGUCGACGGCCGGCCCCACGCUGUGGACGCGGACUCGAUCAAGCGCAAGAUGAAGGAGCAGCUCAUGGCCGGCGUCCUCUGGGAGGACACGAUGAACCACAUGAAGGCCGGCGCUGUGGAGCGCUACUUCGAGCCUGCGCCGGGCCGCCAGCUGUCCUCCAUGCUCCGCCGGAUCGAUUCCGGGGAAUACGCGAAGAUGAAGAACGUGUAA